UUAUUUUAUCUAUGGUUCACAAAUUUUGCUCUUGUGACUCGAAAACCUACUAAUAUUAUAUAAUUUUACUGAACUUAUCGAAAUCAAGAGAUCAAUUUGUUAUAGGCAUUCAACAUGUCUGAAGGCACGCCAUAUCGACCUAUGAAAUAUCCAUAUACUAUCUCUGCAAAGAUUGCUCAAUUUCCAUUUAGAUAUUAUAUGCAACAUAGUUGGUUGUUUAAAUAUUCAGUAAUCGCGAUAGGGGUAACAAUUCCGAUAUUUUACAAAAUACAAAAGAUGUCAUAUUCCCCCGAGAAUGUUCAGAAAUGGGAUAAAAUCCACAGAGAAAUGUUUGAAGGCACUGGACAUCAUUAAAGUGGAAAUAAAAUCAUUAGAAAUGUGUUAAAAUAAGAGAUGUACAAGAGAAAAAUCUAUAGUCUCUAUGUAUAAUUAGAAAAAAAUGUAUAAUUAAAAAAUAAAUCUUUCUCUAUAUAUGUGAUAGUUUGCA